AUGCCUGGGAGAGAACCUGGACCAAUCCUGAAUUGUGCCCUCUGCGACAGUCAAGUGUUAAGCAAUGAUAACGCAAUUCACACGCACGUCAAUCAACACGCGGAUGCUGGAGGCUUUUGGUGCAAACUGUGCGGAGCUACCGAAACGGACAAAUAUCGAAUCUAUGAACAUAUGCGUGUCAAGCAUCCUAACAAUCUGGAACUUUUUGAAGAUCGCCGAGAUAUCGUUAAGCUUUGUGUGGUCAUCCAAGAAUGCUUCCCACGUGUGUGUCCUCGCACGAAAAAAGACAUGGCCAAGGAUUUUGAUAACUUAUUGAAGCUCAUUGACGAAAAGAAUCUCAGUGAGGUGAAGUGCGGAAAAUGUGAGACGAAUGUGAAGGCGACAAAGGCGGCGAUGAUGAAGCACGCACACUGCCAUCCUGUUUACAGGGGGUUUCUAAAGAUCCGAGCAAAAAUGCAGUGUAGUUGGCUAAGCUGUUUUAAUAUGCAAAACACCACAUCGCAUGGACACGCUACGGCCUGGGUCAGUCGGGGAAAACGGAGAGCAAUGUGGGCAACGGGAAUUGGAAUUCUUGCUUAA